ACUUCUACGCGACAGUUUGAUUGGACUGACAUCAUGGCAUGGGGGCAUGGAGAAGGGAAGGCAUGGCAUGGGGGGCUCGUUUUGUCCCCUGCGUAGCCAUUGCCCUGUUUUUCAUUCAACAGUUUUUUACUUUGUUUUGUCCAUUAUGCAGGGGUAAAGUAUGUUGGAGGAGACAUGUUCAAAGAGGUGCCAUCUGCAGACGCUGUAUUCAUGAAGUGGGUAUUGCAUGACUGGGGGGACGAGGACUGCGUGAAGAUUCUGAAGCAAUGCAGAAAGGCGAUUCCAGAAACAGGGAAGGUGAUCAUUUUGGAUGCGGUUCUGAACGCUACAGAGAAGACAGCGCUGGAUCCUAGUAUGGGUUUUGUGUUUGAUCUGGCAAUGCUUGCGCACACCGUUGCUGGAAAAGAGAGAAGUGAGGAGGAGUGGAAGAAUCUGUUAAAGGAAGCAGGAUUUCCUCGUUUCAAUGUUAUUACCAUACCAGCAUUGCAGUCUGUAAUUGAAGCUUUUCCUUAUUAGCCGCUCUGUGUAGCUAUCUACAGAGAAAUAGGUUGCCUCUCUUAUUAAUGCAUCUUUCCAGCUUUCUUUCUGUGUGUUCCAUCUUCAGUUUAUAGCUAGUACAAAUUACAAGCACAGUGUAGAGUAUCUUGUGAGUUCUAACACAAUUUCCAAGUGUGAAAUGAUUUGAUUUAGAAAGAGUAAUAUGUUGUUCUUUAUUUUAAGAAUCCUUUCUACAAAGUUGUUUUUGAAUAUUUUAAUCAAAUUUUUGCCUUUGAAUAUUUUAAUCAAAUUUUUGUAAGAAUGAUUCAGAAAUAGAAAUAUAUUUAUUCUUUUAAUCUAAUAAUUCUUAAAAUAUGCUUUAAGUAUUGAUGUUUUUUAAACAAAUUUAUUUUUAAAUAUUUUAAUCUAGAUUGUUAUCAAAGAGACAAAAAUAAUAAAAGAUAUAAAAAAAUUGCUGAAAAAUAUUUUUCAUUGCAUUUUAUUAUCCUCAUCAUCUGCAUCAACAUAAUGCUCUUCUCCUCUUUGGACAGAACAUUAUACUAGAAAUAACAUCAGUGACAGCUCGCCCUUCUUCUUCCUUUUUACACCAGAUGAAAAACUCUUUACAACCUUUCCUUGCAUUGUCAUCACAUAUAUUGAAUUUGUCAUCUUCACAUCCCCACAAAAAUAAAUGCUCAGAGGCACGAGUUUCCCACCUGCAGUUUAUAUUCUCUAGUUUCAACAAACCCACAUCCAGCAAGUAAAUUUCAUUUGUGCACAUUCUACAAUCACUCCAUUACUCUUCAAUGGCCUCUCUUCGAGACAUUCUGUCACACCGUUAACUUGCCUUGUUUUUGUUACCACAUUCUGUGUGCAUGUCUACAAAUCAUUUCAAACUAUAAUUAUCUGACAAAAAAAUCCCAUUAUCAUGCUCUGUUGGAUCCAAUGCUAUAAUCUUAUUGUAAAGCUUUGCCUUUCCAAGCCAUAAGGCAUUUUAUCAAACUAUUCAUGUACGUUGUGUAUGUUGCAUAUAUGCCUUCGAGCGCAAUAUUGAAGUGAGAAAUGCUAUGGAACUUGGCAAUACACCUGCCAAUCACAUUAGCUUCAAAGUCUUUAAGCAUUUUCUGCAAAGUUUUCCUUCAUUGUGUUCCAUAAGAUGACAUCUCUUUGGGCAUUCUGUCAAACAGUUAAUAUGUCUUGUCUCUAUUUUCUCAUUCAUGAAACUACAUUUCUUUGAAACAUUUCAUCAGACAGUUCGAAUGCCAUGUUACUUCUUCCACAUUUUGCACAUUUGCACAUGGGCAUUAUGUCGAGCAGUUCAUGUGCAUUGUCUUUGAUUCCACAUUUUGCUCAUAUGUCGACAUGACAUUUGCAGCCACAUCAUCUGAUAAAAACCAUUUGUGCUACGAUGGAUUUCCAUACACUGUUACAAAGCUUCCAAAUUUUAGUCCUGUGUGCUGGGAGCAUGCCGGCAAAGGAGGUUGAAUUUGGUUUUACAAUCUACCGUAUACGUUUGCUUUUGAUUUCCAAAAUAUUUUCUGCAAUUCCAUUUCAAAUAUAUCCUGCAAUCAUUAUUUCUUUGAGUUCACAUGUCAUGUCUAUGUCUGCGAAUCCAUAUUUUGCAUGCAUAUCUAUGAGGGGAUUUGCAACUAUAAUAUCUGACCAGAAUUUCGAAAUACCCUGCGUCUUCACUUGCAGAGCCAACUUCUACAAUUUUGCGUGGAUUCCGGAGUACAGACAAAAGAUAGUGGCUCAGAGUGGAUUGAAUGCGCUAUAUGCACAAUGUCAAGUUUGUCAAAUCAUUAUUAAAAUUGGACUAGAGUGGAGUGGAUUGGAUUGGAUUGUUUAAUUAUUAAAAUUGUUUAAUCACCUGGCAUCAAAAUAUCAAGUUUGUCAAAUUUGAUUGUGAAAUUUGCUAUAUGCACAAUGUCAAGUUUGUCAAAUCAUAAGAUGAUUAAACAAUUUUAAUAAUUAAUCUUUAACUUCAAUCUUGCCAUGUCUUAACAGGCACACCCAUAAUGUAUUCUAGGUUGCUUUGCCUCCGUGGGAUAAUGAGAGAGAAUUAUUAAUCCCUGUCUUAUGCAAGGAAUUAAUGUUUUUGUGUCACAAAAAAAUUUCUUAUACUAAAGUUUAAAUCAUGAUUCUUUUGAUAUUAUUAUUUUUUUGCAAUUGGUUCAUAGAAUUUUACUGGCAGUUUUAAUGAAUUUUUAAUA